GGGGGGGGGUUUGUUUGUACCGCGGUGCGUAGUUUCUUCAAUGGUGGUUAUCUACUCAGAGAACUCAAGCAAACCAACUUGGUUUUGAUUCCUAAGGAUAAUGUCAUAGUGGCCCAUGAAGCUUUUCAUUCACUCAAACUCUGUAAGUCAGGGCAGUUGGUCAGAUGGCCAUCAAGCUUGAUUUUGAUAAGGCUUAUGACAGAAUCGAGUGGGAUUUCCUGGACAUGGUUUUGAGAAAAAUGGGCGUUGAUUCGAAGUGGGUUAAUUGGUCAUGGAAUUUGUUCCCACGGUUAGCUUCUCUAUUUUUGCCAAUGGAGAGAAAAGGGCCUCAUUUGUCCCAUCGCGGGGCCUCUGCCAAGGCGAUCCUCUCUCCCCAUACCUCUUCAUCAUCGUGGCUGAUGUUUUGUCCAAGCUUAUUUCUCAGAGCUUGCGGAAUAGAGAGAUUUCUGGUUUCAAGAUUACACAGUUGUGUUCUACCCUAUCGCACUUGUUCUUCGUUGAUGAUAUGAUGCUUUUCUUGAAAGCUAAGGACAUGGAAUGUCAAAAAAUUCUGGAUCUCUUGAGGGUGAAUUGCGAGGCUUUGCGUCAGAUGGUAAACUUUAAUAAAUCCAGUGUGUAGUUUUCGCCAAAUGUUGCCCCUGCCGUUUGUGAUUCUAUCUGUUCUCUCUUCGGCUUCAAAAUUUCUUCUCCUCAUGUGAAGUAUUUGGGCUUGCCUUCUUUCUGGGGACGAUCUAAAACAGCAGCUUUUGAGUUCAUUAUUGAGAAAGUCAUCUCCAAGCUUCAGGGAUGGAAACAAAAAUUAUUAUCACAAGUUGGAAGAGAAAUUCUAAUCAAAGUUGUAGUUCAAGCUAUUCUAUCAUAUGCCAUGGCGUGUUUUGCUUUUCCUAAACAAUUCUGUGCAAAACUCAAUUCCUACAUAAGUAACUUUUGGUGGGGAGGAAACCCAGACAACAAAGGCAUCUAUUGAAUCAUUCGGGAUCAGCUAGCUCUGUCCAAGUUUCAAGGAAAGCUUGGAUUCCGUGAUUUUCAAGCGUUUAAUUCAGCACUUCUUGCCCGUCAGGGAUGGCGAUUGGUGAAAUAUCCUAAUUCCUUUUGUGCUCGCAUUUUGAAAGGCAUCUAUUUUCCCUGCACAGACUUUAUGCAUGUUACUAAAGGCAGGCGAGCUUCAUGGGGAUGGGCAAGUCAUUUUCAAGGGCGCCAACUCUUACAGCAAGGAAUUAGGUGGCAAAUUAACAGCGGCUCGCAUGCUUUGUUUUGGGAGGAUUGUUGGGUUUUGGGUCUCCCAGAUUUCAAAAUUUACUCAUCUAAACCCGUUGGGACUGAGGUAGUUAAAGUUAAGGAUGUUAUUGAUCAUAUUCAUAAGAGUUGGAAUUUGAACUUAUUACGUACUCAAGUGUCGGAGCCUAAAGUUCAAGCAAUCAGUUCUAUUCCCGUCUCGCUAGCACCAACCGAAGAUUAUCUUAUCUGGCAUUUCGAAUCAACAGGUCACUGUACUGUGAAAUCUGGGUACCAUGUCACCAAGUCAGGAAAUUCUGGGUCUACUGGCCACACCCCAUCUUCUUCAUUUCAGGUUCCGAGCUCCUUUUGGAAGCAAAUUUGGAGGUUGAAGGUUCCCCAAAAAAUUCGUCACUUUUGGUGAUGGGUGUGUUGAAAUGUGCUUGCAUCAAGGGAGAAUUUGUUUAGACGAAAGUGUGCUUAUUCCUCAACAUGCCAACUUUGCCAUAAGGCAUUGGAAAUUGUGGAACAUGUUCGCUUUGGCUGUGAGUGGGUUCGUCCAGUUUGGUUUGGUAGCACUCUCAACUAUAGAGUAGAUUAGGGUGCAAUUCACUCGGUACUACAGUGGUCUAGUGUCAUGAUGGACAUCCUUGGAAAUGAUGAGGACCGUAAUUCUUUCUUCAGUACGAUGGCAUGGAUUGGCUGGUAUAUUUGGAAAGAACGUAACAAUUUUGCUUUCAAUCAUCUCCUGUUGAGCCCUCCUCGACUCUAUAUCGAGCUAGAGUGGCUAUGGCUGAAUUUGAAGCGGUGGUCUCUCUUCAAGUUGCAGGUCAUUCUCAACAACCUCCUCAGAUCGCUGCUGCAACGAAUAGAUGGGAACCUCCUGACCAUGGUUUUUACAAAGUCAACUGUGAUGUGGCAGUUCUACAAGGAUCUUCUCGUGUAACAAUUGCGACAAUGCUAAGGGAUAAGAACGGUCAUCUGGUAAACGGCCUCACAAAGAAGUUGUGUAUUUCUUCACCUUUCCAAGGGGAGGCUCAGGCUUGCUGUUUGGCCUGUCUUCUUGUCCACCAGUUCAAUUUGUUAGAUGUUCUGGUUGAAGGGGAUAACAAAGUCGUGAUCUAUUUUUGUGUUACCGAAACAGUUCCUCCAUGGGAAUGUGGAGCAAUUCUUAGUGACAUCAAGCUUUUGGUGUCCCAAGGCAGGUUCUCCUUUCAGUGGAGGCCCAGGGUUUCGAAUAAAGUGGCACAUUGGGUAGCACAGGCGUGCCUUCAUGAUCAACUCCCUGUAGAUUGGGUGUCUAAUCCUUCUUCUCCCCUGCUUUGUUUUUUGGCAGCUUCUUAGUUUUGGUUGUAAUGAUUUCCUCUAUUAAAAAGGAAAAAGAAAAAAAAGUAGAUAAAGUUUACGUGUUGUGUGUUUGUGUUGCUCUCUUCUAACUACUUAGAUU